AUGAACCCUCCUCUUCCAUCUGCCCCUCAAGGGCCCUCCCUUGAGCGUGUCUCAUACCAAGCACCAACAAAGGCGAGCCUAGCGAGAUAUCACUCUGAAGCACUGGGACUCAGGACUGAGGCGAGGGUGUUUGGAUUACGCGACCGGAAAGCUCUUAGGCCAUCAUUGACAGGCCCUACGGAGAUCCCAAGUUCGGACAAGCCGUCACCUAUAUCGUUCCCAAGUCGGCGGUCUAGCGGCCUCCAGGCGUUUGCUGCGCCCCCAAGGCGUGUCUCAAGAAGAAUUGUCCCGUCAGACUUGGUAUUUCACUCUCCACCAGUGACGAAAACUGGCGGAGUUGACAUUGGAAUAAUUAAUACACCUGAUGAUCAAUUGGCAAGUGAACUGGGCAGCGCAACGGGCGACAGAGACCUGAGCAGAGAGUUGGAUCAGGCCUCGUUGCAUGAGUAUGAGGAGCCCGAUCUUCCUCCAACCCCGACUCAACUUGGACUGGAAAAACCUCUUGAGCGACCGAAAGGGCUGUUGAGUAGCAGCCCCACAGCACAACAACGGGGAAGGCGACGAGCCACUGAUUUACCCGGACAGAGUCCUUCAAAGCUUAGGAAUGUCGAUGAUGGAAUAGAAAUAGGGGACCUAUCGGAUUCAGACCUAACUAUAGCCCGAGCACUACUUCCAAAGACUGUUUCGAAGAAACGGAAACUGAGGAAAGAGCUUUCCGCUGAGGUACAAAGGCUAAAGGAAGACCUUAUAGAAUUGGAAAGGUGGUCGCAGAAUCUGGACCAACAUGGUGACACAGAACAUGACCUAAGCAAAUUGAUUUCACUGCUAGCGUCCGAAUCAGCUCCUCAUACAGGGGAUUCGAAAUGUCCCAUUAAUACGCCAAUAUCUUCUCUCAUCUCUACUUUACUCCCAUUCUCCUCUAAAGCUCCCCUAAGGAGCGGCCAGGAGCCUUCUCCAAUAAACCCCUUCGCCCUUAACGAAUAUGCCCAAACGAAAUCGUUUCUGACGAUCUUUGCACCUUUAACUCUCAAGACACAUUCAUCUAUUGUAUCUGGUUCAGAAACUGGCUCACGCUUGGAGAGACAUACCUUGACAUUUUUUGCACCGCCCCCGUUCCCUUCGAGCCUCUACACUAUAUCCAUUAUUUAUGAGACAGAUCUGGAACAGCAGACUUUGGUUUCUGUAUCUGUGCCAAUGCACAGCAAUUUCGGAGUACCGGCAGAUUUACAGCGUUGGAUUAACUCUAGAUUAGCCAAUUCUUUGUUGAAGUUGGAUGUAUCAGGCCUUUGCUGGGGUAUAAACCGAUACUGGGAGGUCGCCAUAUCGCGCGCUUGUUUAUGGUCACAACUAGAGGAUCGUCAUAUGGCUUUAUUUGGCGGUGCACUAGAUCUCUCUGAACCCUUCGUGUCCCAAAGACUAAAUCACGGCCAAAACAGACUCUUGGGGAGUGACUCUGGGGGCCUCACAACGUCAGAUUUACGCCGGAUACUACCACACCUCCAGCGCACGUCUAUGCUCUUUGAAUCUAAAGAAACAACGAUCAAGGUCCUAUUUACAUGCGAGUUAACAGUUGAUGAAUGGACAGGCGAAGCGCAUUUAACGCCAGAGCUCACUGUUUCGUGCCCAUCUAGUAUUAACGGUGCCCCUUGGUGGAGGGUAGAGCUGGAAUCUAAGAGCCUGUUCAAUGCGGUUGUUAAUGAGACUAUGGGUGGCCAAACAGGAUUUGAACCUGACGCCAACACAGUCACCCAGGCCACCGACUGUCUUUUGGCAUCUCUGUUUGGUGCUAACUCUGUGGGUUGA